AAUAUUUUGUUGCUGCAAGCAGUGGCACAUGUAACCAAGUCGCAUUCUUUCAUUUCAUGUAAGAGAGACUACCCCACAUCCCUUCACCCAUCAGUGUUAUUGGUCAUUCUUUUUAUCUUCACGUGCUUGUGGUGCCAUUUUGUGACUCCCCCUAUAAACGAAUUUUUUUGCACCCUCAAUGCCCCACCAACACCAACCACACAACAACAAUACCACCUUUUUUUUCUCAUUCUUUCUAGUUCUUGGGUUUUAUCUUCUUGAAUCUUCAAAUUCUGCAGACAAUUGUUUUAAUUAAGGAUGGAAGAGAUUAGUAUUAUACCCCAAUCUUCAGCUGCUUCUCUUCUUGUGAUGCCUCAGGAGCAGGCUCAGGCUCAGGCUCAGGCUCAGGCUCAGCCCAGCCUUCAGGAGAGGCUUCAGUUCAUAGUGCAAAGCCAGGCAGAGUGGUGGGCUUAUGCCAUAUUCUGGCAGACGUGCAAUGAUGAUAAUGGGAGGAUUUUUCUAGCUUGGGGAGAUGGGCAUUUCCAGGGGGGUAAAGGGAUGGUUCCCAGGCAGUUGGGGCUCAGAGGUGAUCAGUCCAGAGCAGGGCUCUUCACCAGGAAGAAGGCAAUCAAGGGGAUUCAAGCUCUCAUCACAGAGAACCCGGACAUGGACGGGCUGAUGGAUGGAGAUGUCACAGACGUGGAGUGGUUCUAUGUCAUGUCGCUGACACGGUGCUUCUCGGCGGGCGAUGGGGUUCCGGGGAAAGCCUUGAGCUCAGGGUCUUUGGUGUGGUUGACUGGUGCUCAGGAGCUGAUGUUCUACAACUGUGAAAGGGCUAAAGAAGCUCAAAUCCAUGGAAUCGACACUUUUGUGUGUAUACCAACUGGAAACGGGGUCCUUGAAUUGGGAUCUUCUGAUGUGAUCAGGGAAAACUGGGGGUUGGUGCAACAGGCCAAGUCGUUGUUCGGGUCUGACCAUUUCAUUGGCUUAGUCUCCAAACACUCCCCUCCCUCCGCCCCCAUCCACUUCUCGUUUGCGGACAUCGGGAUCAUCAGUGGCAUACAAGAGGAGGAGGGAACUAGACAGGACAAAAAACCCAUGGGAAAUGCUAAGAAAGAAGGAAUAGUUAAUGGGUGUCAAUCUUUAUGCUUAGAAUCAGAGCAUUCCGAUUCCGACUGCCCACUAGUUGCCGUCACGGUCGAAAAGAGAGUCCCCAAAAAGCGAGGAAGAAAGCCGAGGCUCGGCCGGGACGCCCCCCUCAACCACGUGGAGGCGGAACGGCAGCGGCGGGAGAAGCUGAACCACCGCUUCUACGCCCUGCGGGCGGUGGUCCCGAACGUGUCAAGGAUGGACAAAGCAUCCUUGCUAGCGGACGCAGUGUCGUACAUCAAUGAGCUGAAAGCUAAAGUCGACGAAUUGGAGUCACAAGUUCACAAGGAAUCCAAGAAAGUAAAGCUGGAAAUGGCGGACACCACAGACAACCAAAGCACCACCACUUCCGUCGACCAAACCGGGCCAACACCACCACCACCCCCACCACCCCCAAGCUCCGCCACCGGUGGCGGGGUUGCGCUGGAAGUGGAGAUCAAGAUCGUGGGUCCAGACGCCAUGAUCAGAGUCCAAUCCGACAACCACAACCACCCAUCGGCCAGGCUCAUGGGUGCCCUUCGUGACCUUGAAUUCCAGGUCCACCAUGCCAGUAUGUCCUCCAUCAAUGACCUCAUGCUUCAAGACGUCGUUGUCAGACUUCCUGACAGAUUCAGGAACGAAGACGCCUUGAAAUCUGCCCUUCUCCCUCUACUCGAUCAGUAGAUUUUCCAUUCAUUAUUCACUUUCAGACCACUUUUUUCCCAAAUUUUUCUUAAUCUAUUUUCUAAUUUUCAUGUAAUUACCAAAACUAAAAUAUCCGUCUGCGUGACAUCCAUAGCCAUCAACCUAUUUUCAAAUACCCAAAAAUAAUAAUAAUAAUAAUAACUGGUA